AUGAUCCAGCGGCACCAGCUGGUGCAGUCUGUGCUGCAGGAGCUUCAGGAAGCCACUGAAUGUUUUGGUCUGGAGGGCCUCACCAGUGCCGCACUGGAGGCAGAGAGGACCCUGUCAUCUUUCUCCCUGCCUGACUAUUGUGGGAGGCAGUUCCAAGAGGAGCUGGAGGUUGACCGGGUAGCCAGGAGCCUCUAUCCUGAGGAUGCCCCAAGUAACAUGCUGCCUCUGGUCUGCAAAGGUGAGGGGAACCGCCUCUUUGAGGCUGCCAGUGUGCUGCUCUGGGGCAAUCCCAGCCUCAGCCUGGAGCUGCAGGUGCGUACAGUGGUAGAGAUGCUCCUGCACAAGCAGUACUACUUGAGUGGCAUGAUCGACUCCAAGGUGAUGCUGCAGGCUGCCCGCUACUCUCUCUGCACCGAGGAGACCCCGGAGAUGACCAGCCUCCCCAUGGCUAUCCUGGAGGCCAUCUUUGAUGCCGAUAUCAAAGCUACCUGUUUCCCUGGCACCUUUGCCAACAUGUGGCAUGUCUAUGCGCUUGCCUCAGUACUGCAGUGUAACAUCUACUCCAUCUACCCCAUGAGCAACUUGAAGAUCCGGCCUUAUUUCAACCGGCUCAUCCGGCCCAGGAAGUGUGGCCCGUGUACCUCCACGCUCCACAUCAUGUGGUCAGGGCAGCAGCUCUCCCAGCAGGUCUUUAAAGCGCAGUACUUUGUGGCUGUGGUUGGCCUAGAGGAGCUAGAGCCCACGGCGCCUUCGCCAGAGCCUCCCGUCCAGCCCAUGAAGACCCUUGAGUUGCUCAACAAUGAUCCCCAGCUGACUUACUCCAACCUGCGUGACCGGUACAGCAUCACCAAGAGCACCUUCUACCGUUGGAAGCGCCAGUCUCGGGAGCACCGGCAGAAGGCAGCUGCCAGGUUUGCAGCUAAACACUUCCUGCAGUCCUGCUUUCAGGAGGGCAAUGUAAUCCCCCUCCAGCACUUCCGGCAAAUGUUUCCAGAGAUCUCCCGAUCCACGUACUAUGCCUGGAAGCAUGAGAUGCAGAGCAUGGUCAACGGUGAUGCCUCUGCUCUGGCUGAAGCCCAUGGGUUGCAGGAGCUUCACAGGGAUGUCCCCAAAAAGGCUGAUGUAGAUGAGCCAGCAAAUUUGGGGAGGAGCUUAAGAUCCCCAAGUCCUUCCCUAGACCCCAUCCAAACGGGAAUCUUCAUGCAAGGAGCCAAAUCCUACCUGGAGAAAUGCAUUUCCAUGAACACUCUGGUGCCUUACAGGUGCUUCAAGCGUAGCUUCCCUGGCAUCUCGAGGUCCACUUACUACAACUGGCGAAGAAAAGCAAUCAAGGAGAACCCCAACUUCAAACCCCCCCAGUCUCCCUUGGAUAACCAGAAACCUUUGGCGAUAGGCAAGCCGCUCCUGCAGUCAAAGCCAAGUGGCAUGCCUGCCAGGAAGAGGCUGAAAGGAGACCGGCCAGCACCUAGGAGUCUCCUGCAGCUCAAGCCCUCUCUGUGCUGGAGAAAGCAGCUGCGAGAUGUGGCCAAGAGGCAGGUCCAGCAGUGGCAACUGCCGUUCUGCAAGUACCGCCUGCGCUACCCGUCUCUCUCUUCCACGGCCUACUGGUUUUGGAAGGGCAGUGGCCGGGCCCUUGGGCAGUAUCGCCUAUCCUGGACCAGUUUCAGCCGGCCAUCGAACCAGGUGCCUUCCUUGGCACCUCCAAGAGUGGAACCAGGCCUCAAACCCCAGUGCAACGUGGAGGUGGCCACCAAGCAGUUAAACAAGCCGGUGCCAGCUACGCCGUACAAUGCCACCAUUUCGGGCUAUGCCGUGUCGGAGAGAGCCAACAGCCGCAUGUUUGUGAUGGAUGUGAUUGCCACGGCCCAGUUCAAGGCGCAGGCCAAGCUGUUCCUGCAGCAGCGCUUUGAGUCGAAGACCUUCCCCACCUACAAAGAGUUCAGUGCCCGCUUCCCACUCACAGCACGCUCCACCUACUACAUGUGGAAGCGUGCCCUGCACGAUGGGCUGACGCUGGUGGAUGCCUGA